AUGCUGUCACUAUAUAUUGGAAUAUAUAAGGCAUUGUAUGAUUAUGAGGCUCAGGCGGAUGAGGAACUCUCGAUCCAUGCGGAUGAUCUACUCUACUUAUUAGAGAAAUCAGAUGUCGAUGAAUGGUGGAAGGUUAAAAAAAGAGUUGUUGCACUGGGAAACGAAGAAGUAGAUGAGCCGUCUGGCUUAGUUCCAUCUAAUUAUAUUGAAGAGGCACCAGUUCUUAAGACUGCUAAUGCAUUGUAUGAUUAUGACAAACAAACAGAAGAAGAGUUAUCGUUCAAAGAAGGGGAACAAUUUUUGGUAUAUGAUUUGAGCGACCAAGAUUGGUACUUAGUUGGAGACUCAUCCAAGACAGCAUUUGGGUUUAUCCCGUCAAAUUAUGUAGAGUUUGAUGAAAGCAAUGGACCCGUGGCGCCUCAAGUGGGCUCGCAAAAUCAACAGCUGAUAUCGCAACCAGAAUAUUUCUCAAUGGCGCCUCCAAAACACCCAGACCAAUUGCAGGGGCCCGACAGUCCGCCUCGAACGCCUCAAAGAGAACUGCAGCCGGAACCUGUCAAUAGCAGAAUACCGCACAACAAAGACUUCGAGGAAGAGGCACCCCCUCCCCCAAUGCCAUCUAGACCUAGUGAAUCAAAUUUAUCAACUAACGGUGCGACGAGUCCUCAUGGGGUUUCACAGUAUGAGGAGGAAGAAGACAUUCGUGACUCACAAGAACACAAUUUUGAUGGCGAUUUCUUUACUUGGUAUCUUAAUGAAGUAGACGGUCGCAAAAAGAGAGCUGUAGUAUUUUCUAUAGGAAAGGGAUUGAUAAUUUUGAAGCCAAAUACAUCAAAUCCUAAAAGAUUGUCAUUGAAGUCAGCGUCAUCACUAGAUCAUGAAUGGAGGAUCAGAGACUUACUUGAUUAUAGCCAUGAGAAAAAGCAUUUGUUUCUUGAGUUCAAGAAUCCUAAAGCGUCAAUUGAAUUGCAUACCGGAACUAAAGAUGUAGCAGAAGCUAUCGUUUCUAUUUUGGGCGACUUGAAAGGUGCAGAAGACGCAAGGGGUCUUAAGGAGGUUGCAAAAGCAUCUCAAGCAUCUACUGGGGCAUCUAAUCGGAAAAUUGGUAGACUCGUGUACGAUUUCGAGGCCCAAGGAGAAGAUGAACUAGAUUGUAAAGAGGGUGAUGAAGUUUAUAUAGUAGAUGAGACAAAAUCUAAGGAGUGGUGGAUGUGUGAGAACAUUGAUAACGGGCGUCAAGGAGUCAUUCCUUCGUCGUAUAUCGAAAUUAUUGGAACUUCUAAUUUAGAGAAAUUGACUGAUAUGCCACAAAGAAGAAAAUCAUCUAAAGGUAGAGUCGUUGAUAGUAACUCAAGCAAUGGAAAAGGAGGAAAAGUCCGUCGUCACCACGGAAGAGAUGAGCGUGAGCGUUUGAGAGAAAAAGAUCGGGCAAAAAGAGAAAAAAUGGCAACCUCUUCUAAAGAUAAUGAUAAAGAUCAAUCAUUGCCCAAUUUCCACAGAGUCAGGACUUGGAUAGAUAGUACAGGAUCUUUCAAAGUUGAAGCAGAAUUUUUAGGCUGUGUCGAAGGAAAGAUACAUUUGCAUAAAACCAAUGGAGUAAAGAUUGCCGUUGCUGCGACAAAAUUGUCAAUUGAGGAUCUCGAGUAUGUCGAAAAAGUGACAGGAACCUCCUUGGAGUCUUAUAAAAACGAAGUUAUCAAGCAAAGCACGAAAAGAGCCAAAAAAUCUAGUGGUGUUUCUUCAACUCCAUCUGCUACUGCUGUAAUUAAUGAUAUCGCCCCAUCUCAGCCAACUAGACCGAAGGCUAGAAGCUCCGAAAGUACAAAGGAACCAGAAUAUGACUGGUUUGACUUCUUCCUUGCUUGCGGUAUUGAUAUAGGGAAUUGCCAGCGUUAUACUUUGAAUUUUAAUCGUGAACAAAUGGAUGAAAGUAUAUUGGAAGAUAUUACGCCAUCAUUGUUAAGAACACUUGGUCUUAGAGAAGGUGAUAUUUUGAGAAUAAUGAAAUAUUUGGACAACAAGUUUGACAGAAAGAAGUCGACUGAUGAGCCAAAAAACACUGGUGGCCUAUUUACGGAACCAAGCGGUGAACUCAAAAAGAAUAAUUCAUCAAAUGAUGUUCCAAAGGUUGAUGCCAAGGCACUCCCAUCACCUGAAAAACAAUACCAUAGCGACCUGACACAAGAAAAGAGAUUUGAAGAUGAUGCAUGGGCGGUCAAACCAGCUGCGAGAUCGAACGAGGACCUUUUAAAAGUAUCUUCACAACCCCAGACCCCUCAAUUCACUGGAUCUUUACAAGAUCUUGUAAACGUUAAACCCAUUGUCAAUAACACUGGCAAUAAUGUCUUGCCAAAGGAACAAAACCCAUCUGCACCAUCCUUGACGCCUUCGAAAACUGGGCCAAGCAUACAACAAUCUGGUCAACAAUAUGCCGCUAAAUCAGGACUGCAAUUACCUUAUCAGUCAACAGGUAAUUUGGUUCCUGUUCAAAAGACAGGAACAUUGAUUCCUGUCCAAAGAACUGGUGCGCUGCUUGCGGCACAGCCAACUGGAUUGGUGACCGCGCAGCCUACUGGCUUUAUUCCCAUAACUGCGCAACCUACCGGGUUUAUACCAAUUCAGCAGACUGGUGGCUUACAGCCGCAGUUUACAUUUGGGAUCAUUCCUUUGCAAACAGGAUCAACAAACUUUACAGCUCAGAAAACUGGCCCACAGCAGGCAAACACGGGGUUUGGUCCCCCACCAGUUACAAGCUUUGGACAACCUUUUCAACCAAAUAUUGUUCCUUUGCAAACUGGCCCAGUAACUAUGCCUCAAACUACAUUUGGUGAAUCUUUAUCAUUACAAAGAACGGGCCCUCUUGUUCCUGCUCAAAGAACUGGUGGAGUGCCCCCUUCGACGUCAUUUAGUAACCAACUUACAGGUCAGCCCACUGGUCCGAUGGUUUCAAACCAACGUACUGGUGGAGCUGUCCCUGGAGCCUUUGUCCCUCAAUCAUCUUUUGGCCAACAGAUUACUGGAGGCUUUAACCAACAGUCUCAAGCGACAGGGGGUUACCCCCAAAAUUCAUUUGGAAUCCAAGCGGCAGGUGGGUACACUCAGACUUCAUUUGGAGGUCAGGCAACUGGAGGUACUAAUCCUUCAUCUUUUAUAUCCCAGGUGACUGGCGGAUACCCACAAAAUUCGUUUGGAAACCAAGGGGCAGCUGGAUAUCCACAGACUUCUUUUGGUGGUCAAGCAAGUGGAGGUUUUCCCCAGACGAAUUUCGGCCCAGGCGCGACACCUCUUGCUAAUGGAUUCCCGCAGACUACUUUUGGUGUGUCUCAGCAGCCAACUAUGAAUAGUUUUAACUCUUUUCCUCAGCAGCAAAAUUCAUAUGGCUCAUUUGCACCACAACCACCAAAUAUGAAUCAAAUAACCGGAAUGUUCCAAAAUACAAGUAUCGGGGGCCAACCACCACAAUAUCUGCAAAUGCCUCAGACUUCUUUUGGACAACCUCAAUUCGAUGGGUUCAGUCAACCUUUACAGUCUCAGCCAACUGGUGCUGGUUUUGGAAAUGCACCUUUACAACCUCAGCAGACUGGAAAAAGAGCCAACUUGCAAGCUGCGACUCCUGAUAACCCUUUUGGUUUUUAA